CAAAAAUUGGACACCUUUAAAACCAGUCAAUUAUAUAUUGUUAGCUUUCAAAUUCCAAAGCAUCACCGAAUUAAUUAAAAAAAUGGAGCCAUACAAAGUAAUUGUCCUCAUCGGAGUUACUGUUUGCUGUUAUACAUUCUCCGGCGUCCAAGCCAUCGGCCGUUCAGUAGAAGAUGCAUCCCAAGCCCCCGCUUCCUCGCCUGAGGGUCCGCUUCUUGAACCGCCCGUAUCAUCAAUCUCGGCCGUCCCAGCCUCCGCACCAUCCCCGACCUCAGAAGACAUAGGCUCCGGACCUUCAACUUCCACGACGGAGACAUCCGCACCCGGACCAUCCGAAGAAGACAUAGAUAUGGACAUCGACAUCGACUUCGACUCCGUGACAAACAUAGCAGAUCUAGCUCCUAAGUUUGAGCACAUAACAAAAUUUGAUUUCUCAUCAAUGAAAAUAGACACGACGGCGAAAGAUCUCUGCAAAAACACAGAUUACAACAACGAAUGCAUCGCGGCGAUUCUACCGGAUCUACGGAAACGAGACGGCGGGAGCGGAGGAUUCGAAGCCAAGGAUGUGAUGCGAAUGGAAGCAGAGUCUCUGUUCAAAAAAGCGAAGGCGACUCUCGAUUACGCGAAGCGUGUGAUGGAAGAUAGCAAAACGCCGAUGCCGGUGAAGGAGGCCAUGAGUGUUUGCGUCGAGAAUUACGAUUCGUUGAUCUCAGGUCUUGAAGAUGCCAAGACGGCGAUGGACGAUGGAGAUUACGGGAGAUUAGAUUCGGUUUUGAGCGCGGCGAUCUCCGAUGUGUCGACUUGCUCUGAUAAUUUCGUGGAUAUUCCUGGUGUUGACUCCCCGACGGCGUCUCUAGAUGAGCUCAUGAAGAAGCUCUGUAGCAACGUUUUAGCCAUGUCUCAAAAGGUUCAGAACCGUUAGAUCGAUCCAUGCAUCCCGCUGAUAUUUUGAUCUUCAGUUCAUUUUUUACGUUAUUAUAUAUGUACAUAUCAGUCUUUUUUUUUUUUGCCACGUGUGCGUAUGUUUGUUAUUUACUACCGACGUUUCUU